UUUUUUUUUUGCCUAAAUAUAGGAGCAAACCUUACUUUUCUUGUUCUAUUUUAUAUUUUUCUUUGCCAAACAUCCUAACUUAGCCAAAUUUCAUUUUUUUGUAUAUUAACGUCUAUAACAAAAUGUCCUUGACAAAAGAAUUAGCAGCAUGUGCCAUUUACGGGCUGGAAAUAACUGAUGAAAACAAAGAAGAAGCAUUGCGUCGCCUACAAAAAGCUAGACUUACUCCUGUCUAUUUAGCUAAUGGAGACCCUACCGUGGCCGUUGCUGUAGGGAUCCAUAAAGCAAAAACAGAACCUUGGAAAUUCAAGGAAUUUUUAUCAGAGGAGAUAAAAAAUAAAGAGGACAAAAGUACAGAAGAUAAUAAAUCUGAAAAUAGUCGCGACUCUUAUGAAAUAGAAGUGCCCCAAUCUAGGAGAGCUGUCAUAGAGUUGGUGAACAUGAUAUUAUCACCACACCCGAUUGAAAGUAUUACCCAUGAAAAAUUUUUAACUGAAAAGGAUCUCUACGAGCUUGUAAAGCCAUAUUUCGCCGAGACAAAUUUUUCAUGCAAUCAGCUGAAUGAUUGGUUAGGAAAAGAAGGAUCGUGGGGUUCGACUAAGAGAAAAGUAGUCCAUGGAGAGAGAUUAAGAGGGAGAACACUCCACGUCAUACGGCCAGAGUUACGAGGUAAGAUAAUUUUGCGUACUGAAUAUACCAAUAACAAAUAACGAAUAACGAUAAUAUCUUAAAGACUUUUUGUGGAAUGACAUUUCGAACGUGAAAGAAUUUCGAAAGUCAGUAAGGGAAAGUCAUCACAAAACAGCAACUAUUGGCUACGUUAGAAAAUCAAAAACAACCGAGAAGAAGGAAGCGGUUGAAAAAUCUAUCAAUUUGCAAGUAGCCAAAAUGAAAAAAAAGUUACUAUGCGAAGAUGUGUUUGCAAGUUGCAGGGCUAAUGCAGAUGAUAAAAUUGAUGACAGGGAUAUUAAAAGUACAAUUAUAUACAAAGUCUCGCAUGUCCGUGGCGACUGUCAAGGUAAGUAAAGCACAUAUUCUAA